AUGGCUGGUCUACGACAGUGCUGUGCCACGGGCUCGCUGCACAGCGGCGAGGCGACAGGUCGGUUUGCAACCGUACAUGGGCUUGAGACCUACAUUGCAGAUGCCCCGAACGGUGGAGCGAACAAUGGCAUCAUCGUGAUCAUCCCAGAUGCGUUCGGUCUGGCACUUCCCAACAACAAGCUUCUGGCAGAUGCAUAUGCCAAGCGAACAGGAUGCCAAGUCUUCCUUCCAGAUUUCAUGGGAGGCUUCAUUGUCCCCCACGAGGUCAUGAUCUCCUUCAAAGCCAUGUCCGCCCCUGGUCUCUUGAACAACCUCUACAAAGUCGGUCACUUCGUGUACCUCCUCCGCUGGCUACCCUUCAUCCUCUUCUACCUCAGCGAGUCGAAGUGCAAACCCCGCAUCAUCGCCUUCUUCAAGGCGCUCAAGGAGAACGAAGCCAAGGACAAACCUGUCGGGACGGCCGGGUUCUGCUGGGGCGGCAAGUACGUGACUGAACUCUGCUGGGAUCAGGUCAAGUCCAAGAACGGGAAGAGGUUGGUGGAUAGUGGAUUCACGGCUCACCCGAGUAAUAUGAAGUACCCUGGUGACUUUGAGAUGAUUGUCCUGCCGUACUCUUGCGCAGCGGCCGAGCAUGAUCAGAUGAUGUCGCCCGAGCAGGCGAAGCAGACGAAGGAUAUUUUAAGUGCUAAGACUGCUAAGACCAAGGACUCAGGCGUCGAGCACGAGUUUGAGAUGUACGAUGGUGCUCAUCAUGGAUUUGCUGUCAGGGCCGACGAAGAUGAAAAGGUUGAGGCUGAGCAAGGCAAGAAGGCUGAAGAUCAGGCUGUGAACUGGUUCAAGCACUGGUUUGCCAAGCCUCCUCCAGACGUCAGUGCUUGA